AUGAAGCUCUCUGUCCUUCUUUUCCCUUUCUCGCAUUCUUGGCUUUGUUCGAUUGCUCAUUAUGCCAAAUAUCCCCAAGAGCUGAAAGCCAACUAUCCCAAGGGUUAUCCCGAUAUCAAGUUUAUCCCGGACAACCUCCAAGAUCUCAAAGCCAACUAUCCCAAGGAUUAUCCAAAAGGUCAAAAAUGUGCAUAUGGCAUGCGCUACGAGUAUGUAUGCGGUGACCCUUCC